AUGAAGGCAUACAUUCUACUUGGCAUUGCUGCCUUGUGCGGCUCGGCUUCCGCCUUUUGGGGACAAUUGGCAGCUGGUGAUAUUUUGCAAAGUGAGGGCGGCGAAUAUCAAUUCAUCUACUUGACAGACUACAACACCGGAUCGAAAUAUGAAACGGAACUUCACGACGGCUUCAGCGGAUGCGUUUCGUCGAAAUGCACGGCUGGAUUCUAUGAAACAACUCCCGGAGGCUAUAACUUCAAUGCUUUGAUUUGGAGGUCUUCUGAUGGCUGCCAUCACAUCGAUUUCGAAGGAGCUCUUGGUUCACACAGUGGAUAUUGCUGCGGAUCUCUUCCUUGUGACAUUGGGGCUUAA